CUGAUCCCAGUCCCGCAGAGACGCGCAUCGUGCUGCUGUCCCGGGGAAUCCAUGGAAGCCGCAACGGCGAACUCGGUGGUAGGAUCGAGUGCCGAAUUCGCGAGGCCUUGGCUCAGACCCAGCGGCGGCCGCGCUCGUCCUCAUACCCCUCUCUCGUUUCGCCAGCUGCCAUGGCCUACCUCGCGCCUCGUCCGCAGCAGAGCAGACCGGACUCGGGGCGUCGUGGCCGCUGCAAACCCUCACCAGCAGCAGGUUGGACUGGAGGGGGGAGAUGCGAUGGAUCCCGAGAGGGGCAGCCCCGGUGAGGUGAGAGAGGAGAUUGCGAGGUGCUACGAGCUCGUCCGCCGCCUCGGCCGGGGUGCCGUCUACCUCGGCUCCUCCAGGGUGCCGGCCGCGCACCCCCACUACCACCAGACCGCCCAGCUUGCGGCGGAGAUAGCCAAGCUGCUGGACUGCACCACAUGGACCGGUGCCGGCCCCGGCCUCAUGGACGCUGCCAUUCAGGGCGCCCUCGAGGCAGACAAGCCGGUCGGCGGCUUCAAGAUCGGCAAAGAGGCCGGUGAAUGGACAACCUCCAACUUCCACCCUUACCUGCCCCCAGAGACUUACCUCACCUGCAGGUUUUUCUCGGCAAGGAAGCAUGGCUUGGUGGAUGCUGUAGUGCGCAACAGCUUGGCCGAUAGGACCGCCAUCGUCGCAUUGCCCGGCGGCAUUGGGACGCUGGAUGAGCUUUUUGAGAUCAUGGCGCUGAUUCAACUGGAGAGGAUCGGGUCUGCACUACCGGUUCCGUUCUUGCUGAUGAAUUAUGACUCUUACUACUCCAAACUACUGGAGUUUCUGAAUGACUGCGAGGACUGGGGCACGGUUGCUCCAGGGGAAGUGGCAUCGCUGUGGAAGAUCUGCAAUGGAAACCAUGAAGCCUUGGAGUACUUGGCACAGUUCUACGAUGUGCCUACCGGUGAAAGGAAUUAUGACAUAUCACCGCUGUUGAAGAAACACAGGGUUCCUUCAUACACCGUCAUGAGAUGACACGGCACAAGCUAUUCUCCAGAAUGCUAUCUCUUUUUUUUCCUUUUGCAAAAUAUCACCAUUGCACUAAUUAUCAUUCUGUUAUGGGAAUUUCAGCAAUAAUUUUAUGGAUCAUAUCGAUUAGUUUUGUUA